AUGUCUCUUUUAUCCUCUGCUACCUCAACUCCAACAACCGCCUCUUCCCCAACCGCAGCCGCAUCCUCGACUGCAACAAACGACAAAGAAUCCUCUUCAAGCACGCGUUACAAGGAUAUAGGAAUCGGCAUCGGCAUAGGUGUUUCAGUUCCGCUAAUAUCCAUUGCUGGCGUAGGUCUAAUUUGGCGUCGGCGACGUCGUCACCGCCACCAGAACGCAUCUGUUGGAUUAUCGCGCUUCACAGACUCGAACCAACAAACACCACUACCCUUCCAGGAGCAUGGUCAUGAGGAAUACGCCGACAACAUCGAUCGAAGAGCCGCUGAAGCUAGAUCGUAUGAGCUCGACUCGUUGAAGAAUCCAGCAGAGCUGAUUGGCAGCGAACCUGAUACGAGCAAUUUGAAUGCCUACGGAUCAAGACCCUUACGGCCUUCUUCUAUUGGUAAACAGGAUUGA